GGCAACAUGGCGGCGCCGGCAGCGGCGGGGUUGAUGCGGUGCUGCCGCAGCGUACGCUAUGCCCGGUAGCCGGAGGAAGGGGCCCAGCCUCAGGCCCGCCGCCCUCAAGAGGCGCGGCGGCGGCGGCGAGGAGCAACAGCAGCAGCAGCUCACCCGGCGGCGGCCCCCGGAACCCCCCGCGGAGGAGGAGGAGGAGGCGGCGGCCGGUGGCACAGGCCGAGGCCUGCCCGCGGGGGAGGUGGUGGCGGUGCGCGGCGCUGCAGAGUCAUCUUUACAUAAAACACCAAAGAGAUCUCUGAGUAGGAAAUCCCGAAUACCUACUUUCAGCUCUCCUGUUAAUGACACCGAUAUACAGCAAGAAAUCUUUUGGGAUCCUCAUUCACCAAUUGGACAUACACUAGGCAAUGGAAAACCAAAACAGUCUACCAGGAGAUGUGCAGUAGAAAUUUCAGAAAUUGUAAAUCGUAUUGCUCCACAGGAUGAAAAAGCAGCCUGUAAUGAAGGCUCCCUUUUAGGGACAUGGAUUGGUGAGGAUGCUAUUCCCUGUACACCUGGAGCAGUAAAAGUGAGACUGAGGACAAAAUUAAGUUGUACAAGAGAUAUUAAAAUAAAAAAAAAUCCUGAGGAAGAACUAAUGAAAUUGGCUAAGGAAUUUGAUAAAAAUCUAGUAGAGCUAGAUGCUGUUCAGGAACAGGACAAGCUUGGUCAUGACUUCAUCCAGACGGCCUCAGAGUCUUUAAAUCCUUCUAAAGAUGAAGGAAAUAUGAAGAACCUGAAAUCCCUCUAUGGUGACAUUUCUGAAAUAGAUACUGCUCUGUCCCUGAAACCAGUUGGACACAGCACUGGCAUCCCUGCUGCAGAACCCUGUCACUCUAACAGUCAAAAGUCUAUAGACCUUGAGGCUGAAAUAGCCCUUCAUGCUCUUUUUGACUGCUCUACACAGAAGUGUAGUGGACGGUUGAGCCAAGAACUAUCAACCAUUUCUUUAAAUAACAGUUUCCAUGAAAAUAAAAGCACCUUGGAAGAGGAACGGCUUCCUGAGCAAAUUGAAGAUAAGCAACAUGAUAGUUCAGAGGCAAAUAAAAAAGAUACCCCAUGUGCACUAGAAAGCAGGAACCAGACUUUUCCAAAACCUGAUACUCACAUGGUAACAAGAAAAAAUCCUAGUUCUUUGAAGACACAAGUUGUUGUCUCCAGUAAGCUUGCUGGAGUAGUUAAUGAUGAUUUUGAUGACUGGGAUACAGAUUUUUUGGCAGAUGACUCUUUUGUGAUGCAAAUAACCCAAAAUCCUGAAUUGCUAAGUACUGAAGAAGCACCACCUACUCCUACAAAUCCAUCUGUGCAGGGUUUCAGUGAUAGUAACAGAACAAAGGAAAGAAGUAGUUGUAAUUCAGUAACUUAUUUGGGAAGUGUACACAAAUCUAACAGUUUACAGUUUUCACCUUUGAAACAUUCUAGUAAAAUCACACAAAAUGUUGCAAAAUCUCUAUCUUUACAAAAGCCAUAUACUAAGACAGAAAACUCAGACACAGAGACUAUAGCCUUUCAUUGCAAAGGUGAUGCUAAGCCAGAUGAAAUAAAUUCUAUUUGGAAGAGUGCUCAAAACAGUGAUUUGAAUUAUAUUCCCGUUUCAGCACAAUCUCAAAUUAAGAACGGAAAUGAAACUAUUCAGCCUAAAGGUGAUCCUCUUCCUCUUAUUCCUUCAAGAUCUAGUCCUCAUAAAGAACGGAUUGAAAAACCUGGCAAUAACUUACCCAUUUUCUGUCAGUCAUCCAGUGUUUCUACCAGCAUGAAACCUAAUGAUCUAACUAAAGUGGUUAAACAAGCUCAUACAGGUCACUUAAAUCAUACUGAAACACCAAAGAAAUGUCCUCUGUCAUUUGAUGACUGGAAGGAACCAAAAUUCUCUGAUGAAGUAUUAGAUAUGUUUUGUGAAUCCGACAGUCUUUGGGAUACAAACUGUGAAGAUGAUGAAUUGUUGUAUCAGGUGUGUGAUGAUAUAGAAAAGCAGACUCAGAGUCAGGAGGUUAAACAAGGAAAUGAAAGAGCUAAACCUUCUCAAGGAGCCAGUAUCAAUUCCAGAUCAAAUGCUGAUAACAGCUUCCCAUCACCUAAACAAGGACUACCUGAUUGCCUCUUGGCACAAAUAGCAAAUGCAAAACAGGAUACUGUCUCACUAAGUGAUUCCUGUAGGAAUUCAUCAAAGGUUACACGUGGGCUGGCCACAACAGAUCAUCUAGUGAACUGUAAAAAUGUUUCAAAUUCUGUAACUCUGAUCUCAGGUCCUCCUAUGGAGUGUAAAUACACACUGUCUACAAACUGUCAUCAAGCUGCUUCUGAAGAUUCUACAAAGACUGUUUCAGGAAAAUGGUACAGGUCAAAUUCUGUGCCAGCAGGACAGACUGGUUCUGAAAAAAGUCUUGUUAAUGCAGUAAACCUUGUUAGUAGCAAAACAUUAGACAAUCCAGAUCUUUUGUGUAAUAUGGGAAAGAUGCCAAACAACAGUUCUGGAAACAAAACAUCACUUAUGCCUUCAAAGUUUAAGUUCCGAAAGACUAACAGUUCUCAAAGUGCUCUUCAUGUACAGUCUGAAAAUCCAGGGAUUCAUUCUGGCAUUGGAAUUACUCUUCAGGGUUUGGAAGAAAGCAAGAAUCAGGUGAAUGUGACUUUACACAGCAAGCUUGACAAUAAGAAACUACCUUUCAAGAGGCAUCUUUCAGAGUCUUUUGCACUACCUACAUCAGUGUCUAUGGUGGAACAAAAAAAUAGAAAAUGUUCUCAAGAAGAGAUUGAAAGAAAGAAACAGGAAGCUCUUGCACGAAGGAAAUCCAGGAUGCAGGCAUUAUUUAAAGACGCUUGAAUUUGGAGUUUAUUUUUGUCUGUGGAGUAAGUUUUUGGGAAGGGAAUAUUGUAAUGCUGGAAGACUCUUUAAAAAUUCUGUUAACAGCUACUGACAGCAAGCUUUUUCUGUUUCUUAAUUGGAAAAAAUCUUGACCUGAAUCAUAAUCAAUAGUAUUUAGUCUAAAGUGUUUGUAUACACACGUAAGUGUAAGAUGCCAAAACCAGACUGCAUUUGUUUCGGCUGUAUUUCUUUUAUUGCCAGUAUUGUAAUCUAUAAGAAGACCCUGAAGUACAUCCAGACUGAGAAAUACUAACAUCUGCUCUCAGGUAGAAGAAGUUUUUAAGUUUUCAUUUAAAGAAAGUACAAUCUGGAAGGCAUUCAACAUCAGAAAACUAAUGGAAAUGAACAGGAUUUCAAAAGUGUGUUCAGUUUGUCACUAUUA